ACCAAGUACAGCAGGGCUGCUUCCUCUGCAGCAAUCUUCAAUCUGCGCGUUCUGCGGUCGCAUCAUUGUUCACACCAUCUCCAUUCCUACAGUGCGACACCUGUUGCUAUAAACUCUCUACCUGCAACUCGCAGCUCAAACGCAAUGUCCGAAGCCGGCCCAUCCUUUCCAGUUACAGGUCAGAAGAGGUCCGCGGACGAGGCGCUGCCCGUCGUAGAGGGCGAAGCGACCCAAAAACGCGUACAUGUUGAAACCGCAGAGGCCGAGACGCGGCCCUCAGGCGUGCUCCCUCUAGGCCACCAGGACGAGCCCGUGGGCGAUGUUGGGGGCUCGAACGACAAACAGGGAAAAGACGAGAAAAGGAAAUCUCACCAACGGCGCGACGCUUCAGGCUUCGCAAGUGGGCGCAAGAAUCGCGCCAAAGACACUAAACGCGUUGGGCGGAGGCGUGGAAGCAGACCUGACGGUGAGGAUCAGAACGGGGUCGAAGCUGGAGAGCAAGGCGGCGAAGGAGAGGCGAAAGACAAAGCUCCGCGUCUUCCCAAACGUAUGACUGCGUUGCUUUUGGGCUUCUGUGGGAGAGGCUUCAAUGGGAUGCAGAUUCAGCCAGACGUCCGGACCAUUGAGGGUGUCCUAUUUGACGCGCUUGUACGCGUAGGUGCAGUCUCUCAAGACAAUGCAGACGACCCGGUCAAGGUUAGCCUCGGCCGUGCAGCAAGGACAGACGCAGGCGUACAUGCUGCAGGAAAUCUAGUGUCCAUGAAGCUUAUAACCGCCAUCCCCGGCGUCCCCGACUUCAUUGAACGACUAAACACGGAGUUGCCGCCUGAAAUCCGUGUCUGGAGCGAGGUUCGAGUGCAGAACUCUUUCAACGCACGAACCGCCUGUGACAGUCGCAAAUACACCUACCUUUUUCCUUCUUACCUCCUCGUCCCGCCAAAGCCCGGCUCUGGCCUUCAUGCCGUUCUCGAUGCGCACGCCAAGUCUACGUCCGAGACUAUUACUCUUCCAGAGCCCGAUUUUUGGGCUAGCCCUGCAGAUGUGGCCUCCGGUGCUGGUGAAGACCUCGUGCGGAAACGACAGUACAGAGCCAGUCCGACAGCAAUAAAUCGUCUUCGGGAAGCGGCACGGGCGUUCGAGGGGACCCAUAACUUCCACAACUUCACGGUAGGGCGCAUAUUUAGCGAACGCGCAAGCCAGCGUCACAUGAAGUGCAUAGAGGUGGGAGAUCCGGAGAUACAUGGAGGUACGGAGUGGAUUAGUGUCAUGUUCCACGGUCAGAGCUUUAUGCUCCACCAGGUGCGCAAGAUGAUGUCCGCCCUCGUUCUAUCAUCGCGGAUAGGCACCCCAGCACGCGUCAUCGACGAGAUGUACGGACCACGCGUCGUCUUCGUCCCCAAAAUGCCCGCGCUCGGCCUGCUGCUCGAGUAUCCCAUCUUCGAUUCAUACAACGCUCGCAUACAAGGCGCCAAUUUCAAAGCCAGCCUCUCGCCAGACGACCCGGACUUCCGCGCCCAAAUAGACUUUGAAAAGCACCGGAGUGAUAUCGACGCGUUCAAGCAACGCUUCAUUUACGACGCGAUGCGUGAGGUCGAAGAUCGCGAAGGAAUCUUUGACGCCUGGAUCCGCUCAGUGGACAGUUACACCGGCGAGGACCUUCUAUGGCUCAAUGCCAAAGGAACGAUCCCGGCAAACGCCGUCCGGAAGCUUGGUGAGCGGCGCCAGAAUGCGUUCCAGGAGCGCAAGCUAUUCGACCGAACCAGCUUUUCGAAGGCAGGGAGAGACGGGGAUCUUUCGGACGAGGAAGAGGAGGGCAAGAUACAGAAGAAGCAUCUUGAGGAUAUGGAAGGUUAAAUGAUUUGCUGCAGCUUUAUGGGCUGGGACUCUUGAUCAUAUUAGCCUGGUUGGGUUGGGAGGAAGGUCGGAAGCCUCAUACGAUAUUUUACAAAGAUGUAUAGAGCAUCUAGUAAGAGCACAGCAACAUAGCAGAAAUGGUCAAACUAGCAAAUCGACGUUAGAGUGCUACGACUGGAAGCGCCGCAUGGUUUGUAUUUCAUCAAGCAAGGUCUGCAGUCUGUCGUCUUCAAUCUUCACCAGACUCGGAAUGACGCUCUUUGCUUCCUCAGCAUCCGCCGGGCAGAGGUUCGCGAUCUGAGCGGUCUCAAAUUGCGUCAGAGCGGGUUCUCUUCGUAACGUUUCGCGAACUGCACCAGCUGAGUCCGUCGUAUUGAACUUGGCAAAUGUCUUCACGUACUCCAGUGUUUUAUUAUACACGGCGGUAUCCGGAGCGUCCUUGUCCCUGUUCUCGAGCAGGUACUUGACCUCCGAGAUCAGCAAGCAACCAGCAUUGUUGAAUUCAGCUCCGAGUUUUAGCGCCGACGCGUCCUCCUCUUCAACAAGCGUCCGAUGUCGCAGACGAGUGGUCAUGGCG